CCCACACUGUGUCUGAGCCCCCCCAGGGGUGUUCCCUCCUGCCUCUCCCCCAGCCAGCACAAGGUUUCUCUCCACUGCCUCCCAUGGCUUUGCUGACCUUGGGGUUUUUCCAUCUGCUUACGUUUCCACUUCUGGAAAAAGGUUUAGUUUCUCCCCUCGCAAGUUUUUUGUUAAAUUCUCUUCUGGAUUUUUCGGCUUUGAUUCCCUCUUAGUCUCUGCCUGCUCCGGGAAACGUGUCACAAGCUCUGGGUUAAGAUUUUGGUCGCGGGAUGAUUUGAUUUAAUAUUAAAAUGCUUUAAACCUCCGAGCGCUCGCAUUUUUGUCAGCUUAAUUGGCUCUGGUUAAAUGUGAUUUAGAUGUAAUUACAACAAGAAAAAUAUCCUUUGCCAUCCUUUCAAGAAUGAGAGUUGGCUUCAACAGUCAUUUUUUUGGGGGGGGAAUUGCUGGAGGAAGAUCUUUGAUCCACAUUUGCUGUGUGCCGAGGGCAGCUUUGUCAGCUCGUGGGUCCCAGCGAGUGUUCCCAACCUUUGUCACUCUGUAAAGCUUUAACCUCGUCAUGAAAGUUCCUGAUAGCAGCUGGGAGGAUGGUGCUGCAGCCAAUCCCACAGGCCAGGGCUCUGGAUCCUCGCUUAAACAAGCAAGAGUUGAUAGUUUGGCCUUCUCCUCUGAAGAGCCGCUCCUGGGGCUCGGGCCCGGCGAAUUUCCCAAAAGCUGAUGUAAAUUAGGGACUUUUUGUCCUCUCCAGACCGUGGGGUUUUUUGCUGUUGAGAGGGGUGAGAGCAGGGCUGGGUUGUGCAGAGCUGUGUUCCACGUCACUGAGGGUUUCCAGCCCAGGGGAGGUGGCCCAUGCUCUGUUCCAGGUGUGUGUCCCAUGUGUGUUCACGGGCCAUUCAUCACUUCCCAGCCCAAAUCUGUUUGGUUUCUGAGCCCUUCUCACCUGCACCUGAGAUUUCAGAGCUUUGGUGUCUCUCUAACGUGAGGAACAUCCUCUGCCAUCCCCAGAGUUGCUUUUAGUCCUGAUCACCUCCAGAAGCGCAGAAACUGCCCCAAAAGUGUUUCAGUUUCCCUUUAUCAUGGCCAUUCCUUCAAAUUUACUUUCAGGCUGAGCUCAGUGCUUCCCUCAGAGAUGUAGGUAGUGAGGCAGAGUUUAUUUUUAGAGAAGAAUGAAUCAUCUCCUGGUUGUGUCUUGUCUCAUUUUGCUUUGAUGAGAAGUGAAGUCAAAGAACUGCUGGGUCUGGGUCCCUGAGUGCACGUGGACGGGUGAUGCUCUGUCCCAGGAGGGCCCAGCAGCUGAGCAAGGUGGAGUUUGGGAGUGCUGAGCUGCAGGGACAGAGCCUGGGGGUGCAGCAGCUCCCUGGGAUUUCCCUCUCAGGUUGUUCUGUUGGAGGAUUGCUCUGAACUCCGCGAAGGGAAACGCACGCGUGUCCUUUCGCCCUGAACUCUUUCCAGUCCCUUCUGUUUCCAGCUCUGUUCUUGGGCUGAGAUUAAUGAGAGGGGAAGACUGUUGCUGUUGGGAAGUUUGAGAGCAGGAACUGUGGUCCUUGUUUUGCUUCUCUCGUGGUUGUCUUGAACCUCUCCUGUGUUUGGAGGCUUCUUGUUACCGGACUGGGGCUUGUCCUUGCAGCCAACAGCUUUGGCACGAGGUGUGACCUUGGCAGAGGAAUUAUCUCUAAAGCUACUGCAACUGCUUCCUUAUCCUUGUGCUUUGUGCUUGAGGCCUGGUAGUGAGCCACUCCUUAACUUCAGUACCCAGGAGACCAGGCUCCGAAAUAUCCAACUUCCUCAUCUGGGAGUCUGUGGAUGUGAGCUGGAUUAAUGGCUUUCGCCUUUUAAAGUCCAGCAGGAGCGAAGUGGAGCAUCCUUCAGUGGCUGGAGGAACUGUGUUAGUGACCUGUGGGGUGUUUGAACUUCCUGGGGGGAGAAUUUUUGCAGAAGGGGAGUUUUGUUGUCUGCGUGGAAGGAGCAAAAACCACUGUCACCCAAAUGCCUCUGAGCAGCUCUGGGCAAGGGACCUUGGAGGGCUCCACCUUGUGCUGUGGGAGGGAGUGUUUCUCCCUGCCAGGUUCCAGGCUGGAAUGCAGCAGUUCCUCUUGUCUGUCCCAUUUUCAGCCCUCUCCCUCUAAUUGUGGCCCUCCUUGCCCAUUCCCGAGGUGAGAAGUUCCUGUUCUCCCCCCCAGCAGGCUGGGACAGUGUGAAAGUUUGUCUUGGCACUUCCAAAUCCCCUUGGCUGCAGGUUUAAGGAACUGAUUUGUGUCUGCUGAUGUGUGUAAGGUGUAGGUGAUCCCUGGGGGGACGGGGCAGGGCUCAGGUAAGUUCAGGAGGGAUCCUGGCACAGCACAGGCGAUGCUUGGUUAGUAGAGAUGUCACUAAUUCCAUAAGUCAUACAGUUUCUGCUCCUUGACAUAUGUUUUUUUACCUUCCUUUCUAGGAAGGGGUCUGGAGGAGGGAAAAUUUCCCUUUCUGGUGAAAGGGGACUGGAGCAUUAUGACAGUCAAGUCUUUAAAAGCUUAUGAGUUCCCAGAGUCCUGGCCGGUAGCCGCUGCCUCCGCUGAUGUUGUCGGAUGUCAAUAAAGAGAGGUUGAAGGCAACACUUCUAAUGGAGGUGACAUCCAAGGGGGCUGGCUUGAACCCCAACGCCAAAGUGUGGCAAGAAGUCCCCCAGGGGAGUGGUGAGGCCGUGCCCCCCUCAAAUGGCACCGAGCACACGUGGCAGGAGACGGCGGCGGCCCAGGGGACUCCGGCCGAGGGUAACAUAGAGCUCUCAGAGGACAGCUGCAAGCAGUAUGAAGUGAUGUAUUCCCCGUCCUGUGAAGCCACGAGGAAUGGCACAGGAGCCGACGAAGCCUCUGCCAACGGGAUCGUCCUGGCGACCGAAGACCUGGGAUACCAAAUCUAUGAAGUGUCUGGUGACGGCCCCUCCGCCGUGUCCACGGAAGACAUCAGGGAAUGUUUGAGGAAACAACUUGAAUUCUGCUUCUCCCGUGAGAAUCUUUCAAAGGAUCUCUACUUGAUGUCUCAGAUGGACAGUGAUCAGUUUGUUCCAAUAUGGACAAUUGCCAACAUGGAAGGGAUUAAGAAGCUGACAACGGAUAUGGACCUUAUUCUUGAAGUUCUGAGAUCUUCUCCCAUGGUACAAGUGGAUGAGAGAGGGGAGAAAGUCAGACCAAACCACAAGAGGUGCAUUAUCAUCCUCCGGGAGAUCCCCGAGACAACACCCAUAGAGGAGGUGAAGGCCCUGUUUAAGAACGAGAACUGCCCCAAGGUGAUAAGCUGUGAGUUUGCUCACAACAACAACUGGUACGUCACAUUCCAGUCCGACACAGACGCGCAGCAGGCAUUUAAAUACUUAAGGGAAGAAGUGAAAACCUUUCAGGGCAAGCCAGUAAUGGCCAGGAUCAAAGCCAUCAACACGUUCUUCGCCAAGAAUGGUUACCGGGUGCUGGACUCCAGCGUGUACCCCCAGCCUGUGCAGACCCAGGCCCAGUUUGCCUCCCCCCUGUUCAUGCAGCCUGUAUAUAGCCCUCAGCAGUACUCCAUCUACAGCAUUGUGCCUCAGACCUGGUCUCCAAAUCCUGCACCUUACUUUGAGACACCACUGGCCCCCUUUCCCAAUGGUGGAUUUGUGAAUGGCUUUAACACACCAGGAUCAUAUAAAACAAAUGCUGCUUCCCUGAGUAUAGGUCGCCCAUUCCAUAGGAAUCGGGUGAAGCCCCAUUUCCGCUCCUCCUCCAGCUCGGAGCACGUGGAGGGGCCUCCCACCCUCGGGGCAGUGCCCAUGGGGGACCUGGGCAGAGCCAGCUCCAGGAAUUUCGUCAUGGAGCGGCACAGCAGCCCCUUAACCGGGCACCAAGACCAAGGGUAUUCCCAGAAGGAUUCUCCCACGGCACAGCUGGAGCAGAACGGGGAUUACGGCGUCGGCAGGGGCAGGAGGAACGUGUUCCGAGGUCGGAGGAGACGGGACGACGACCGGGUUUCAAGACCUCAGCCUUCAGCAGAAACAAAGACUCAGACACCAAAGUUUGACUUGCUUGCAUCAAAUUUCCCACCUUUGCCUGGCAGCACAGCAAAAAUCCCGGGAGAGCCUGUGCUGGAGAGCAGGAUGUCCGACAUUGUGAAAGGAGUCUGCAAAGAGAAGGAAGGCAAAGACUCGCUGCCCACCUGCCCAGUGCCAGCUCCCGAGGAACAGACGCCCAGCGCUGCCCCAGCGCCCGCCAGCAGCGCCAGCUCCCCGAGCCAGAGCGAGCCUGUGCUGCUGAGCACGGUUCAGCCAGAGAGCAAACCAGAAGAAGCGUCUGCUCCGAAGGACGUGGCCAGCCAGGCUUCCCCACCGGCCUCCCUGUCCCCUGUCAGUGCUGCAAAGCCACCAAGGACAAACACCUCCUCACCUUCUGCUCAAGCAAGUGCAGCUCCUGCUCUGUCGACGCAGGAGCCCCGCAAGCUCAGCUACGCCGAAGUUUGCCAGAAGCCCCCGAAGGAGCCGCCCCCGGUGCCCGUCCAGCCCCUGAGGGAACAUCGCGCCAACAUCGUCCCUCCUGCCAAACCCGAGGAGGACGCGGCGGCCGAGAGGGCUCCGGACAAGGCUCCUCCUCCCGAGAAGGCCGAAGGUCGGAUGAAGGAUCACCCCGGGUUCCGUGGGCCUGGAGGAGCUCCCAGGGGAGCAGCCGCCGAAAAUCAGGGAACAGAGGCGCCAGUUUGGACGCAGAUCUUCGCCUCAGGGAGCCCCACGGCGCGCGGGGAAGGAGCAGUUUGUGCCGCCGCGGUCACCAAAGUAACGCCGGGCCCGGCCCGUGAGCCUCUCUGUUGGAUUGGAGCUGUUGGGCUGAGGAGCAGCAGAGACUGGGAAGCAGGAGGAGGAGGAGGAGGAAGGAUUCAGGAAGGGGAAUUCUGAGCUGGAUGAGCGUGGCUCGUGCCGGAGGAGGAGGAGUUGUGGAGGGUCCCAAAAUUCAUCUCUUUAAAAAAAAAAAAGAAAAAAAAAAAAAAAAAGGCGAUCUCACGAAUGCUGGAGGAUUCCAAUCACUAUAAAUAUAGAGAUUAUAAUUUUUGUAUUUUUUUUUUGUUUUGUUUUUUAAUUUGCAGAGGGGGUUUUUUCCCUGCUUGAAAAUCAGUUUUUGGGGGGAAGGGGGCUUGUGAAAGUGGCGUUCUGACAAAGAGAAAGGAUCUGACUUUGACGGAUUAACCCCAUCCCUCGGCGUGGGAGGAGGAGAAGAAAAAAAAAAA